AGAUCAAAUUUCAAUGGUUCUUGGUCAAACAAAGGAUGUUCAAUGGUCAAUAGAACCAAGACGGAAAUCACAUGCACUUGUAACCACCUCACAAACUUUGCUGUUCUUAUGCACGUUGGAGCAGACAAUGAGGUUAGUUGGAGCAGCUUUUUGGCUUGUUUUCCGCAUGUCCCAAUACAAUAACAACCCGCGAGUAAGAACCUAGAUUUUAAAAACCGUUUAGGCUACAAUUUGCUAGUUAAGCCACCUCAACACAAGCACAUGUUUAGCCUAAAAUGUGAAACAGGUUCUAUGAAAAAUUCUCCCAGUUUCCAAAUAAUGCUUUAUUGUUGUUGCGUUUCCAUGUUUGAUAUACCGCAGGAUAUAUCGCUCCAGCUCAGGAUCAGAUGUAGUACCUGCGAUUUAUAGCUAUACUCUCUCUGACUUAUGGCAGAUUUCCAGAGAGAUAGAUGUGAAAAUAUAGAUAUUUUCCAUAAAUUUCAAAAAUUUCCAUCUAUAGUUGAGCUAUAACAAACUGUUAUUUAAACGAGAUUGUUGCAUAAGAGUGUAAUUAACUGUUGGAGCUGAGACAAGGCAUUUCAAUACAUGUAAAAUUACAUUAAAAUUCAUGUUGUCACUGCUUCAGUUUUUCUUCUUAAAUUGAUUUUUACAUAAAUUUUAAUUUGAUAUUCAGAUUUGAUUUAAAGAAUAAACUGAAUGCCUCUAAAUAUUCAAUGUAUUUUUUCUUCAGAAAAUAAGAACUUAUUCAAGAACCUCAAAUAGCCUAAAUUUGUACUAAUUAUACCAUUUAUGUAAGAACCUGUUUGGGCUAAAUUGGGAAAAUGCAGGCUCUUACUCGCGGUUUUUUACUGUAGCAAUUGAAUGUUAAAAUAAAUAAGGGGAGCAUCUACAAUCGUGGCGCCAUUAACCCUUUUUCACAUUGUCAUUUAUAGUUUUAGUGACUCGAGUAAUAAGGAGACUAUGCCUAUUUUCGCCAGUGAGUGUACUUCUUUACAAAAUAAUAAGGGGCCCUGACUCUUUCCAAUAUUUGUCUUUAUUGAUUUGGCGUAUUUGCAAACAGUUUUUAAACUAUCUUUCCAUCAGGUUCCAGCAGAUCAUAAGGUGGCAUUGAAAGUCAUUACUUACGUUGGGUGUGCUCUGUCGCUUAUCGGAGAAGCACUCACCGCUGUUGCAUAUUGCGUCCUCAUGUGAGUUACAAAUAAUAUACCGUCAUAAAAGAGCUCAGACAUUUAGAUUUGGUUUUUGUGAUAUCCGAAAUGAUCAAGGUCGAGGUAAGCGUUUUUAACUCGCGCAUCUUGGUUUAAAAUGCACCAAGUAUAAGCUGGGGAAGAAUGAAACCAAGAUUGUCGCCUGCAACAUGUAAGCAGUAAGCGUUUGAACAGACUACACGUUCAACAUAAAAACAUGGGGCUGUAAGAAAUUUAUAGUCCAACGAGCGCUUUAAACAUAGCAUAUUAAGACGUGCUUUGUUUCUAAACUAUUUGCAUUGGAUCUUAAUACUUAGUGAAUGCAAAAUUAUGACAAUAACAAAACCACAAGGGAGGGGAACGGGGAGUCAGCCGCCCUCUUCACAACCCCUCGAAGCGCAAUUAGGCUCUGGAUUAGUUUAUCAGACGUUCAUUUAUGAUGUUUAAAUUAAGAAGAAGCAGAAGCACCUUAAGAUGGGAUUUUCCCGCUUUGAAAAAAAUAACAUGUCAACGGUGUUCAAUUAUUUUUUGCCUCGUUCAGGGAUUUGAAAGAAAACCAAACUCAAAUCCGCUUUAACCUUGUGGUUGCCAUAGCGAUAGCACAAAUUACGUUUCUUGCUGGAAUUGAUGCUACAGAAGUUAAGGUAAGCUAAGGAUCUAAGCUAAUCUAAAUGAGACGAAUAAAUAAUGAGCAUUUUGUUGGCUUGGAUGAUAAAUUGAUCUCCAAAACUUUUAAAACGAAAAUCAAAAAUGAAAGACUUUUGGAUGUAAAAAAACUUGAGUUUUGAAUAACUUAAUAUCAUUAGAUGGCAUUCCCAUGAGCUGGAUGUCACGCAAAGGUACUAAAAAAGAUGUGGCUCAGUGGUCGAUUGCUCCUUAUUUCUCUUUAGUAUCUUUGGUUUGCUUGCAUUGCAUCAAGAGAGUUUUUUUUUUUUUUUAUCAUUAUUAUUUUAUUUUUUACUUUUAAUCAGUAAUUUUUUGUGAGGGGAGGUUGGUAAAAAGCUUGCCGUUAUGGGCAAUGUGAUGACGGUGAAUCCCGUUUCUUUAUAGGAACUGUGUGUGUUUGUGGCAGCCAUGAUUCAUUACUUCUAUCUGGUUGGAUUUGCUUGGAUGUUAUUUGAGGGUGUUUAUCUGUAUCUGAUGGUUGUCAAAGUGUUCAAUACGGUCAUUAGAUUGCGCUUGUUCUAUGGAGUGGCUUGGGGUAAGUAUUAAAGCAAAAGCCUUCUACAGAAAAUGGCCCGUUGGUAGAUCUAGACAAGAGGGAGUGAUCAUGACUUGUCAGUCCCUUCCGGGAUCAAAACCAUUUUCGUUAAUUGAUUCCUGGUUUAUACUACUUCUUUCCUUACGUACUUACAAGGACUUGCAAUUGAGACUUGCUAUUCAGAGGAAUUUGUACCACACCACAGUUCUCAUAAGAGUGCUACGCUGACGUAGCUGACGUAACCCAACGAAGUCUAAAUUGUCAUUUUUCUCUUUUUCGUUUUCAAUCAAACCUUAGGCGUCUCCCUUUUGAUUGUGGUUUUAUCGAUCGUGAUUGCUUCCGUUCAAGAUGGCGGAAUAGAAAGCUAUGUUCAAGAUCAUUUGUAAGUAAACAAGCAAGAUCUUAAUACUACCGAACAAUACGAAGCAAGAAAAACUUGGAGGUUUCAAGAAUCUGUUUAUUUUUUUAUUACCAUUUAUUUAUUUCUUUCUUACAAAGUUGCUUAUGAAAUUUGCCCAAACUGCCUUUUUCGGAGGAAUUAUUAUAGGCACGACAGUACAAUUGUACUUUUUCCCCAACAUUUCUAAAAAAAUUUUAACCCUAAAGUUCUAGCAAGCAAUCCUUUCUUAGUAACACCUUGAUUUGAUUUACUUUUUUCAGUUGCUGGGUUUCCUUCAAAAAUAACCUUAUCUGGACGUUUGUUGCGCCUGUUCUCUUAGUUUGCACGGUAAGUAAGAAAGUGAAAAUGUUACAUAAGUGAAUAAGGCUGUGACGUAAUACAACGUGUGAUAUCUUUGAGGUGUCUCAUUCGUCCUAGCGUUGAUCUAUUAUUUAUCGAUUAUCUUUUAUGUUUUCAUUUAUUUAUUUAUUGAAAAUGAAUAUUUUCAAGAUCUGAGAGAAAGAAAGAAACAGGGUCCAAGGUUUCUGUCAUCAAAAGAUAUCUUAUUCUCAUACAUUGUUUCCACGCAGAUAAACUCAGUUUUACUUGCUCGAGUGGUUCGUGAGAUUCUAAGAAUGCAAGCCGACAAAACAUCUCAUCUGGAAAGAGUUCGACAAGGAGUUAAAACUUGCGUAGUUUUGUUUCCUCUUCUGGGACUGACCUGGGUGUUUGGUGUUCUAAGUGUCACAGAUGAUGGACUUGUAUUUCAGUACAUCUUUACCAUUUUCAACUCAUUGCAGGUAAUAGAAAAUCCAACAUGUUAACUUUUUGAGUAGUUUGAGGAAACAGCCGACAUUUCGCAGGGGUACUCAACGAGAAUAUAGUUGAAACCCACUUAAACAUAGCAUUGUUGAACAUAUUUUUGUAUUUAAACGGUAGAUAUAGGCAUAUUUUUAUCCCCUAAAAAAUUUUCAUCUGUUCGGCUUUCCUAGCUGAAAGUCUAGUGAUCCGAAAAUUAUAGGGAUGAAAACUUACCUUUUCGAAAAUUUCGGCAAGAAAAAGGGCUCCCGAAAAUCUUAGAUGACCUUUUUAGGGUAAAAAUCCGUUAAAAAUGGGCAAUUAUACCACUUUUUAGAUGUUCGAAAAUCCUAGGAGAGGCAGGCAAGCAAGAAAUUUUACAAAAAAUGUUCCGAAAAUUCUAGAUCUCAAAUCGUCUUCCGAACAGAUAUUUUCCGAAAAUUGGCGUUGGGUGCCCUGAUUUCGCGACGCCACCACUGGUUUCCCCAAGAAAUGACGUAGGGCGGAGAACAUCCAUACUGACGACGGGUAACAACCCAGAUCUGGGAAGUGCUUCUUAUUGGAUGAAGCAGAUUUUAACCAAUCAGAAGCACUACCCAGAUCUAGGUAGUGACGCGUAAUCAGUAUGGAAUUGCUCCGCUCGUUUCUCCAACGUCAUUACGUGGGGAAACUAGUGGUGGUGUCACACAAUGUCAGCUGUUUUCUCAGGCUAACUGACAGCGAGUAAAUAUUCUUUUAUCAAAGUACUUAGCUCGGUGACUAAAAAAGUCGUUUUAAUUCACUAAUUCGUUCAUUUAUUUAUUCAUAUAAUUUUGCCACACAAGCAUUCGAAGUUUACUCCAGGCUUUGACAGUAGUGUCAAGGAUUGUAGCGAUCGAGAAAAUUAACAUGAACAUAGAAUAGUAGAGAUGGUGGGCGGUACCUGAUACCAUGUACUGCGAUUAACCAUUGACUACAAAUUUUGCCCUCAUUUCUUCUUUUCUCUCAUCCUUAUGUAUGAACUUAACUUUCUUUUUUUUUGGACGAUACACACAUUUUUAGGGUUUGUUCAUCUUCAUCCUUCACGUUUUGAGAAACAGCGACGUACGUGCAGCAUACUCUAGAAAGAUGCAGAAGAGGAAUGCGGCAAAAAGCGUGAAAAACUCUCAAGAAAACCGCAAUACAAUCGGAUUGUGGUCAAACAAAGUGACGAAUGAACCAAGUUGUACAAAAGAACCUAGCAGUGCCUCUCUAAGAUCAUCGGUUGGAGUAAAAAGCAAGAUUGACAAUGCCCUGCACGAGGAAAGAACCAUGACUCCUGUUGACACGUGA